AUGGCGGUUGAGCCGACGAUGAAAGCAAAUGUUGGAGCAGCGAUAAUGUUAACGUCUGGCGCCAGCGGACCCGUUAACGCCCUGUUGUCGCUGCGAGCGCUGAAGAGUUUGGCAAUGCUGAUCCAUGCAAGAAGAACAAGAACAAAAAUGGCGGUUGAGCCGACGACGAAAGCAAAUGUUGGAGCAGCGAUAAUGUUAACGUCUGGCGCCAGCGGACCCGUUAACGCCCUGUUGUCGCUGCGAGCGCUGAAGAGUUUGGCAAUGCUGAUCCAUGCGUUUGUGUUGCUUUUGCUAUUGCCAUUUCGCGGCCGAAAGCGUUGCAUGACAACGUCUCCGUCAAUGAUGUCAUCGUCUUUGUCGUCCGGGUGUUCGGACAAAGGUCACAAUAAGGAGGAGAAAUUACACGACAAGAAGGGUAAGACGGUGGCGAGGGUGCCGGCGAGGAUUGUGCCGUGGAAGAGCAGCAGUGCGGUGGUCGUGGAUCAGGAGGUGGCCGCCAGGAGAGCGCUUGCCAUUCGGAGGGUGGUGCAGGAUGAUAAUGAUGGUGAGUCGGUGAGGGAGUUUUCGCUAUUUGUUACUUCGAGAGGAGACACCAUGUUUACUCAAUCCUGGACUCCUGUUUCAUUCAAAAUCAGGUAA